GUCGGCUGGAGCGUGGACCUGUGUGCGUGUCGACUUGGGGCUAGCUCGCUCCCUGGAGCCGCGCAGCUGCCCCGGUCGUAGCAGAAGCGACGGAGAACGCCAUUAGCGGGCCCUCGCGGCGCCCAGGCCUCGCAGCGCACGCCCCGCUCGCCCUCGGAGUCGGCCCUGCCCGCCGCCGGUGGAGGCGUGAGGCGACGACGGGCGAGCGCCGCGAGCAGCGUUAGCCGCCGCGGCCUGCAGUCCUCCCUCCGCCUCCUCCUCUGCCCCCCCCCCCGCUUCCCUCCUCCCACUUCCCGAGCUCCGGCGUGUCCCGGCCACGCUCGGUGCUGCUGCAGGAACAAAGGAGGACCCCGCGGCGGCGGCGGCGCCACCUCCGCCUGCGGCUCCCACCCGCUCCCGGCCCGCGGCGGCUGCUCCAGGGCGCCCGGCUCGCUCCUCCCGGAGGCCUUGGCCCGGCCCCACCGCGCCGGCGUCCGCGCGAGCCCGGCUCCUGCGCUCCUGCCCCCGCUGGCAGAGAACUAUGGCUCAGGAAACUAACCAGACCCCAGGGCCCAUGCUCUGCAGUACAGGAUGUGGCUUUUAUGGGAAUCCUAGGACGAAUGGAAUGUGUUCUGUUUGCUACAAAGAACAUCUUCAGAGGCAGCAGAAUAGUGGCAGAAUGAGCCCAAUGGGGACAGCUAGUGGUUCCAACAGUCCUACCUCAGAUUCUGCAUCUGUACAAAGAGCAGACGCUAGUUUAAACAACUGUGAAGGUGCUGCUGGCAGCACAUCUGAAAAAUCAAGAAAUGUGCCUGUGGCUGCCUUGCCUGUAACUCAGCAAAUGACAGAAAUGAGCAUUUCAAGAGAGGACAAAAUAACUACCCCGAAAACAGAGGUGUCAGAGCCAGUUGUCACUCAGCCCAGUCCAUCAGUUUCUCAGCCCAGUACUUCUCAAAGUGAAGAAAAAGCUCCUGAGUUGCCCAAACCAAAGAAAAACAGAUGUUUCAUGUGCAGAAAGAAAGUUGGCCUUACAGGGUUUGACUGCCGAUGUGGAAAUUUGUUUUGUGGACUUCACCGUUACUCUGACAAGCACAACUGUCCAUAUGAUUACAAAGCAGAAGCUGCAGCAAAAAUCAGAAAAGAGAAUCCAGUUGUUGUGGCUGAAAAAAUCCAGAGAAUAUAAAUUAGUACUUGUGAAGAGACUGAAACUUUGUUUUUAUUUUAAUAUAUGGUAGGAAAACAUUAAAGAGCAGAUGCAUGGCCAUUUUC